UAACUCUAAAUUAGUUUUAAAAGUUCGAACACAAUACUCAUAAUAGAAACGAAUAUUAAAUUUCAAGUAUUUUCAAUUCAGCUUUUUGAUCGGCAUAAUGAAAGUGUCAUUUGUAGUUUUUCUAAUAGUUGACUCGCUGCUCUCUACCUUCGCGUCGGACACGAAGUAUUCGAUAUUUUGCCACUGGAAUACUGAGGCCUACGAGCGCAAGGAUACUAGUUAUUUUUAUUCCUGGAGCAUAGAUGAACGCCUUUGUACGCAUUUGGUAUUCGGGUCAGUUGCAAGCUUAGAUCCGAAGGGAUCAGGCGCCUUGAAGAUUAUCAAUCGAAAGUUCGUCGACAAUCGGAAUGAAAUCUUUAACAUAAGGCGUCAUAAUUAUAAACUAUUAAUUUCUGUUGGCGGCAUGAAGGAUGACGCGAAAAUGUUCUCCAAAAUGGCAGCAAGCAUGGCCAAACGCGAUCAGUUUUAUAAAUCACUUCUUAAAUUUCUUUCGCAAUGGAAAUGCAGUGGCGUUCUCUUAGAUUGGGAGUAUCCUUCACCCGAGGAUCGCGACAAUUUUGUGAAGCUGUUAAAAGAACUAAAGAUUGUUCUACAGGACCGUAACUUUGUUCUGUUGGUUUCCGUUUCUGCCAGGAUGGAUGAUGCUACUCUCCGGUCUUAUGACAUUCCUCGAAUAGCGAGGCACGCGGAUUUUAUUAUCCUAAAUAUCCAUGACAAUGAAGAUCCUUAUGGCCCCAAGGUUGAAUACAACUCGCCGCUCUACGGAAACGGCAGCAGAAGUGUGGAGCGAGGUGUCCGGUACUGGGUCGAGCAGAGCAAAAUAUCAGAGAAGCUAAUCCUUGGCAUUCCACUAUUCGGGCGAACCUUUACCCUGGAGGACGCAAGCAAAACGGCUGUGGGUGCGCCCAGCAAGGGUCCUGGUAGGCAGCACGUUCAUUCUAGCCGGGCGGGCUUCAUGACGUUUGGUGAAUUUUGCAUACAAACGGCCAGGUGGGAAAUCAAAUAUGACAAGCAGGCGCAGGUGCCAUAUGCCUAUAUGGAUGACCAAUGGAUCACCUUCGAGAAUGGGCGCAGUAUAAGCGCAAAGAUGCACCUAGCUAUGAAACAAGAGCUGGGUGGCGCGAUGGUGUGGUCCAUCGAUGCGGACGACUUCCAUGGUACAUGCGGGGAAACAUACGGCCUGCUCAAGGUUGUCGUAUCGUUCAUGGGGAGCCCUAAUAUAUUAACUACCAGAGCGCCUAUAACUGACGGCUUCUGCCCAAAGGACGGAUUAUUCCGCAACAAAUGGAAUUGUCAGGCAUAUUAUGAAUGCCGCAAUGGCAGGCGCACUGACUACGAGUGCUCGGAAGUGGAGUUUUUCGACGAGAAACUUGGUCAGUGCAAGCCCUCCGAAGAGGUGAAAUGCAAUCAGGAUUUUGUCGAUUGGAGCCCAGGCGAAAAUGGCUACAGCUCAGAAAACUUGCCCUUAAAUCUGAGGGUAGUCUAAUAAGUGUCUGUAAGAUGAUUUACACACAUUGUACAAAUAAAUCCAUUCGGUUGUGUACAUAAAA